GUCCGAUCACGACUCUGAUCACCUGUCACUUUAAUGAACUUAGAUUGGCUUGGACGUUUCUUCCUUAUUUCAUCCCAGUCUGCUUGCUUUCCCGCAGCGGUGGAUUGCAUUGAUUUCGAGCAGUCAGCAGGUUGUUGUUUUUUUUUAGCAGAUCUUUAGAUUGCAGAUGGCUUGCUGAUGACCAAUAGGUAAUAGUAAAUUCGGUUAUAGUAAUCUCUGGCUGACUGGGGGUGGACGCGCUUUGUUUCCCGCUCGCCUCGCGCGCACUUCCACUCCUCAUCUCUCUCUAAACCUCCACGCACCAUCAGUCGUGUCUCCCUCUCCCUCUUUUUUUUUUUCGUUCCGAGGCUUGUUCUAAGUUUCAGAAGAGACCGAUAUCUAGUGAGAGGUCGGGUUUACUGUGGGGGAGAGCACCUCAUCUUCGUUGAAGGCGCUCUUUCUUUCUUCUCUCCCCCCACCCCACCCCACCCCACCCCGCACCUGAAGUCGGAAGAGCGGUUUCGCCCGGAGUGAUGGGCUAUUUUCUUUAAAUGAGAAAGUCUGAGAAAUGUCUCUUUCUGUGGAGGACAACGCCAGCUCCGCUGCCAUAAUGCACGGGCAAAAACAAGCGAGUGUUUCCGUCUUCAUGACAACAUCUGGAGCCGCCGGGACCCAAAGAUCUCAGAGUGCUUAAUGCCAUUAAUGUCUACCGGCAUUAACACCCACCACUAAGGAGCCUGUUCCUCCCUACAACUCUUCUGUCUCUGUCCGGCUGCCGAGAACGUUCGUUCUCUCGCAUUUUGAUCCCACUUCCAAUGGAGAACCUCAGCGAACUGCAGAACCCAUUGCUGGACAAAAACAGUAAGCACAUGGUCAAUGGUUACGGAGGAGAAUUCCCCAAUAACCAAUACCAAGAAAACAUUAUUAACUACUUUGCUGGAGGAGGAGGUGGAGGAGGCCCAGGUGGAGGUGAGGGCGGUGAAGGAGGAGGAAAGGUAAAUAAUGGGAAUGUAGUCAGUGGAGGAAGUUACAGCACCAAUGGGAAGGUGAAGUCGCAGCAGUUUCUGGACGCCACCUCUCUGCAUCUGGCGGUGGAGGCUUUCUACAGGCCUAACUUCAUCUUGUACAAGGAGGACAGCGGAAGCAUCAAGGCUAAGGAAUACAAAAGCGAGUGCUGUGAGACCACCUUUACCGAGAAGAAGGCAAAAGAGGUGUCCAGCACCGCGGGAGGGGACACGCCCAGCGCAGAGGACCCUCAGUCCAAGUUGCUCGACGACGGCGAGCAUGUCAAGAUUCAGACCGUUUCUUACGAGGUAGAGGAGGAGGAAUAUGUGGAGUAUGAGACGGACUGCUCCAGUGACAGUGAGAGUGAAGAUAACUUCAUAGUUGUCCCACCACGAGACCACCUUGGCCUGGCUAUAUUCUCCAUGCUCUGCUGUUUCUGGCCUUUGGGGAUAGCAGCCUUUUACUUCUCACAGGGGACCACCAAGGCGGUGAACAAAGGAGACUUCCCACUGGCCAACAUCGCCUCCCGGAGGGCUUUGUUCCUCGCUGCCCUAGCCAUCACUAUAGGCACCGGUGUUUAUGUAGGAGUGGUGGUAGCUCUCAUUGCCUACCUCUCUAAACCAGGACACAUAUAGCAGAAGCACCCUGUUUUCCAUCACCUCCUGGGAGCCUGGGAAAAAGAACAAACCCCCUCUGGGGAGACAGAGUUGCACCUGCAGACUUUGAGAAAACUUUUAUGUGGAUGUACAGUUUUUUUUCUGUCUUUUUUUUUUUCUGUCCACCUUUCUCUCUUUUCUGCCUUCUCCUGCAAAAGACCCUCUGGUGUCCAGGACAAGCCACAGUGACUAGAGACAGGUCAAGCUUCAGAAGAAUGACGGGGGCACAGGGGAGGAAAAAGGGAAACUUUGACUUAUUUGGUUGUUUUUAACUCCACGGAUGUGAUGACAAAGUUUCCCAUGAGCUUUGUUUGCGUUCGGUUGACUUGAUCCUUGUUGGCUUUGACUGGAUUUUAUCUUCCCAGGUUCCUAAACUGAGCUAAAAAAGGAGAAAAUGGAGAGCAUCGUUCAGAAAUCAAGUAACUAUCAUCGUUAAAGACGGUUAAGAAAUAAUAUGCUCAUUUAAACCAACUCUGUAUUUAUUACAGCUAAUGCUAUGUCUCAAACUUCUUUGGGUGGACUUGUCUUGCAGGUAUGCCAGCUAUGAAUGCACCUUGGUCUUUGACUCAUCAGCUUAAAUUAUCGGUAUUUGUACGGCACUGACUUCCUCACAAACUAGGAAUAAGAUUAAGUAUAAAUGCAUCUAAUGUCCAGAAAAUGUUGAGAUAGAUCCUUUAACAUUUUUUUUCUCCUUUUGUCAUGUCACAACCACAAACUUCAUUGUAAUUUGUUAUGUUAUGCGUAGACCAACAUAAAGAUGUGUACUUUGUAUCAACUGAACUGUUUUGUGCAAUAAUCUUUUGAAUUUAGGACUGACUGCAUGGUUGGGGUCAUUGUACUGCUGAAGGUGGACAUCUGCCCCAGUCUCAAGAGUUUCGGUGCAUUUAGCUUUUCCCCAGAGUAAGAUGCUACCACCAGUAUUCAAGGUGGGGACGGCAUGAGUGUUUUGCAACGCUAGUUUUCUGCCAACAUGAUUAAAUAUGCUCUCCGCUGGUUAGAGGACCUUCUAACACAUGUGUGCUGUUAUUCCACGUAGCUUUUGGCAAACUGCUAAUUGGAAAAUAUAUGACUUUUAGCUAUGCUUUUCUUGUUGUCACUUUUACAAAGUGAAUGGAUUUGUAAAGUGGAGUCCACAAUUAAUAGUUGUCUUCUUAACAGAAACCAACACCUGACCUCAGUAGCUUCUCCGUCGGGCUCUUGGAGGACAGCCAUGGCUUUUUAGUUGUGCAGUACUGUUUACAUUUUUGGAUGAGUUAAAAAAAAUACCACGUCCAAUUUUAAAAACUUGGGACUUUGUCUGAAAAGCUACCCCUACUUUUGUCUCUAGAUGCUGCUAAUUUUCUAGAGUUCACAGAGCAGUUGCAGACAGAUGGCUGUAAAAGUUUUUAUUUAUGUCUGUCACAGGAAACGGUACCGAUCGCAAAGAUGCUAGACCGCUUACAGAAUUUUAUUUGUCAUUUUCUUUUAACUUUAUGCCUAUGUGCUGAUUUACGUUGGUCAUACAAAAUCCCAAUGAAAUACAAUGAUGUUUGUGUUUUGUGAAAUGACAAAAUGUAACACAGCUAGAUGGUUACUUCUUGAAGACACUGUACAGUACAAGAUGCUGAUGGAGGUUUUUAUUCUCUUUAAAGUGUUAAAUUGACACAAGUCACAACAAUACAUAUCGGUGCCUCAGUCCUGUAUGUUUCCACAGAGAAAGUGUCCAAACACCAGAUGCACACCUGAUGGAAGACCAAAUUGCGGUGUGUCCUGUGGUUAUAACAGAGUCCUCACUAAUCUCACUUUAAAGAAUGUAAGAAGCACAGAUUUGAGUUAUUCACACGGUCUGAGAUUUACUCCAAAAAGUGUCUAAGGAUCAAAAUAAUAUUUAAAACAAACCCUUACCCAUGCACAGCUGACAGGAAGGUUAUAAAUCAUGUAGAUAAUCUCAUUUAAAAGAAUGCCUUACAUAUUUUUCAUGAAUAAAUGGAAAAAUGCCAUCUGACAGCGUUGAAUUUUGCUCUAAUCUGUUAUUCCGUGCAUGAGUCCUGCCGUGCCGGCAGUAUACUGCAAUGCAUGAUUGGUUGGACAGUAUAACUUGUUUUUCUAUGUCAGAUAAAAGUUUAAACUGCUGUAAAACAGACCAUACUUGCACAACUCUUGAAUCUAAAUUCCACUCUUCAGCUAGUAACAAAAAAAAUAAAAUAAAAUAAAAAAUCUGAAAACAUAGUUUUAGAUCCGAUUCAGGCUUUAUCAUUUUUUCCGUCAUUCCUUCAAUAACUGUCACGGAUACUCAAAAACGGAAAAAAAAAAAAAAUUUAAAUAAAAAAUCUGGAAACGCAAAUAAAUCUUAGCUGACUUGAAUUGUUAUUCUCUGGCAUUUCAACUGACUCUUGUGCAUUGAAGCUUAGAAACCAGGCUUAUUGUUUGAGCGGUGAAGUCUCAGGAAGUUGGUCGCUACGUUUUCUGCACAGGUACUGCAUUCUUUGCUCCAGACAAUUAGGCUGUAAAACAAGCUUUGCGGCGUAUUCCCCCCAGAGAACAACCCUGAAUAAACACGGCCGCAUUAAUUUCAUUAAAAAGCUACUUUUGGUUUUGCUUGUUGCUACAAAAAACCUUUGCAAAAGGUAAAGAGUCGGUUUCUUUAAGUGAAAACCAGUUUUGAGUUGCCUUUUUAUUAAAAGCCAGAUACAGAUUUACAGCGUAAUGCAGACUGAUUGUAACGGUUUAUUUUUCAAAGCUUGUCUGAGUUUUGCUGAUCUGAACAGACUGGCUUCUUCGGCCCUUAAAGCCACCGACCCAGUUGGACCACAGAAACUCUGGACCUACAGGUUUCAGUGAACACACCCGUCAUCCUCAUCAGUGAAGUCAUCGCUUAAGACAUUUUCGUCCGUUCUGCAUACAUGCAUUCACUCAUCGAGAGUGUCUUUCAAACCUGUUUUGUUUUCUCACCUGCUACUGUACAGUACGUCAAAACGGUAUGUGAACUUUUAUGCUGCUGCUGCUGCUGCUUUUAUUUAUUUCCCUUCCAGCGACGACCUGAGUCCACGCCAACACAACGAUCCGUCUCAACGCAGUUCUUAAUGCCGGGGUGAUAGUCGUCUGUUUGUGUUGUGCUUGUAUGUCACAUUUAUGUUUUUGAGUUCUUUCUUUCUAUUUUUUGUGUGACUGCAUCGUGUAAAUAGUGUCAAUAAGAUGCAAACGCAUCCUCAAAUGUAUUGAAAAAUAAACCUGAACAGAAGGGUGUCUUCUUAAAAGCACAAA